UUCAGCGAGUACAUAGGUUUUACAGAUUUGUUUAUAUUUCCGUGAAUCGUGUUCGUAAACUUUUGUGACCACUUUCAAAAUCUUUUGCAAACAAAAAUAAUGUGGUGCGCGCAUAGUUUUGCUGUUGAAACGUUGGGUUUUUCUUGAUUUCGCCUUGUCUUAAUAUCCCCAUAAACUGCUUUUAGUCAUUCUACACAAUUGAUUAUUACUCGAUCAGGUGUAAUAUUUUCUUACCCUUAUUGUUUUCAAGUCUCGUAUUCCUUGUUAUAAUUAACUUUUGGUGACGUUUUCGGUGUGUUUAGCUGUUUCAGCUAUAGUUUGUAAGCGUAACUUUCUGGUGUGAUUCAAGAUAUUUUUUUACACUUGGGACAAAAUGGUUUCACUGAUCUAAUAGUUUAAUCAAGGAGUCCUCGUAGAUUAUGGCACUGUGCGAGAGCCAACUGCAGUCUGCCAUGCAUAUCAACGGAGCAGAGUCCACCGACGAACAGCCCUCUCCGGACAAGAAGAGGGAACCUAACGGAGACAUAUAUGUACCCCCGCUACCCCUGAGCGUGGACUACCGCUCGCCGGUGUCCCAUUUCGUGCCGCCAGCGGUGGAGCUGUACGCGGCGAGACACAAGCCCGAGAUAAAUGUCGCGGCGGCCGCGUCGAACGAAACCCCCACUCCCGUUAAAAGGAAGAGGGGUAGACCUCGGAUCGACAAGACAAGUCCUGAGUACUUAGCUAACAUGGCGGCGAGGAAACAGGCAAAAGAAAUGGCCGCCGUAAUGAAUAACCGACCGGACACAGGUGAAAAACGCAAGCGAGGCAGACCACGCGUGGACAAAACUAGCCCAGAAUACCUGGCCAGGAAACGUGCCAGAGAAAUGGAAGCCUUGGAAAAGAAAGCCAAAAGGGAAUACAGAAGGCGAGCCACGGGUGCGAAAAUCGUGAAAAUGUCAAGCGUGAAAGCGCCGAACACAGCGUCGUCGACGUCGUCGUCGCGGGUCGUAAAACUAAAUACGGCGAAUAAAAUGGUCACAUUGAGGAAUAUACCCCAGAAGAUUGGUACCGUGCGCAAAGCGGGGGAUAAAAAUAUCAUAAUGCGGCGAAACGCGAAAUUUUUUAAACGUAAAGAUUCCGCCGCGUCAUCGUCAGCCGGGGAGUCCACGCCGCGUGUCAAACGUAAAUACACCAAGCGGACGCCUAACGCUAAGAAGGAUUCCGUGGCUAAUCCGGAACGCGUCAAGGGCAAACGUGGAAGACCGAGGAAGAAUGUGGAUCCGAGGCAGCCUCAGCAAGCGAAGAUCCGUGUGCGGAGCAACCUGAUGCCGCUGAAUGCGGAACCCAUCCCCGUGGACAGCGACGAAGAGCCCGACCUCGGAUCACCGAGCCAGGCGUCCGACUCGCUCAGUUUGGACGAGAAUUUACGCGCCCUCCGACACAUACACGAAAAGUACGCUAACAUAGAUAAGGAUGACCUGUACGGAGCGCACCUGCUCGCGGCGCAGUUCAAGAAACCCCCGAUGGAUCAAGUGCAGAGACUGAAUAGAGAUGAGAGUGAUGAAGUGCUGUCCAUCAGGAGUUCAGAGGGUGGCGCAUCAGUGAAAGAGUUGGAUGCGCAUGUAGAAAAGUUGGAAGACAGUUCCAAUUCCGAUUCCGGCAGCAGCAGUUCCGGAUCCGGCAGUUCCUCGUCGUCGUCUUCCUCGUCGUCAUCAGGCAGUUCGAGCUCGUCGGACAGCUCGGACAGCGACUCCGACGAUGACGCCAACCAGAAGAACCCCGACCCGCCCACCAUCGCCAACCCCGAGGAGGACAGCACGUCGUUCGGCGCGUGGUCGUACGGGCCGCAGUCGGGCGACUCGGACUCGGACCCCGAGCGCGCGGCGCCCGCACCUGCGCCCGCGCAGGACGAGCUCAGCGAGUCGGAGAACGAGUCCGCCGACAAGAGCUUCCAGUGCCACGUGUGCCGCAAGUGGUACUCCACCAGGGUCACGCUCAAAAUCCACCGGCGCUCGCACCUCAACAAGGGCGGGGGUAGCUCCAACUCGCGGUCCCGCUCCAGCGACCGCUACGAGUGCGAUUGUUGCAACGAGACCUUCAACCGGCGGGAGAAGCUGUUCGAGCACAAAGCGGAAGCCCAUCGCGGCGCCAUGACAGUGCGGUGCGAGGUAUGCCGGAAGUGCUUUGAAGAUGACGCGGAAUUAGCUGCGCACGAUCGCACCCACACCGCCGACGAGAGGGCUGGCCGCUGCUCCGAGUGCGGCAGCUCGUUCGGGCGCUACGAGCAGCUGCGCCGGCACCGCGCCAGUGCGCACGCGUCGUCCGCGCCGUCGCGCCUGCCGCACGUGUGCGCGCAGUGCGGCAAGCGCUUCACGCACACGCACUCGCUCACGCGGCACAUCCACAACCACGCCAAGCAGCUGUACCGCUGCGUCGUGUGCAAGGCGUCGUUUACGAGCGCUGAGCAGUUGGCGCAACAUCUCAACAGCCACCUGGUGAAGUACAAACGCCUCCAGCAGUAGUGCCCCCCAGGUCUUUAACUUGAGGCGUUUGUAGUGCCCCGUUCACCCAUAACUAAGUCCUUAACUUUAGAUGCUGUGCAGGGAGCAUUCUUGGUUCCCAUUUUGUUCAUCAUCUACUUUAGUGAUAAGUCAAUAGAAAAACUUUUGUUUUUGAAUCAUCCAGCUAUAAAGGGUGUAAGCGACCUGUUAUUGAAAACUGAAACCAGGGAUUCUGUACUUGUUUCUGAAUCUCCCAGAGUUGGAAUUCGGCCUUUCCAUGAGUUUGACGAUAUUUUUAACCGAUUACAGCCUGAAAUCAUUCAUUUAGUCUGUCCAAACUAGAUAUUAAAUUAAAAUGAAUAAAAUACGCAGCGCGCUAUUUAUGAACCGAUUUUGUUUUAACUGUUUCAAAUUUUAAUGAAAAUCUGUCCAAGACGCCCGCCGUCUCAAAAUGGCGGCUUACGUAUUAUUUCACAACUCCCUCAAUAUGGGUAUCGAAUGAAAGGACUUGACUAGUAGAUUAAUGUACACGAUAUUGAAAGUUUUUUUUGUAGGAGUUCAGCGUAACUCCUUCGCAUAGUCUACGUUAGCUCGUCACUUACACCCCGUAUAUAUCCAUCUCACUCUCGCGGGCGUGUAACACGCGCGCGCGCCGGUUGGCACGGCGCCUCAACAGCCACCUGGCUGGCUACAAACGCCUCAAGGAGUAGUGCGCCCGAGCCGCGCCGCGUUCCGAACGCCAAAGUCUAGAAUCUACAUACGAUACGCCGCGAUUUAGCUAGCGUACAGUUUGGAAUAUAAUCAAUAGAUUAAGACUUUGUCAGUACUAUUUAUUUAUUCAUUUACGAACAUGCAUCCAGCCAUUUCUGGCGCACAACGAUAUAUUAAAAUGGUACGUAUAUUAUUCAUUUGAUGAGUUCUACUUGAAAAUUUUUAUCCAAUCUAAAAUAUAAUAUUAUUUAAAUGUCUAAUUGAAUUAACUGCUAUGUGCACUUGUAAAUUGUCAUGCAUAUCAAUCAGUGCAUGUUAUUGUUCGUGUUCUAUAUUUAAAAACGGAUAAUAUAUAUGUUGAAUAAAUAAUAUAUAAAUAUAUAACAGUCCGCUGCUGGACUGAACGCAUCUCCCAACGCAUGUAAUUUUUUAUCGUUCUGAUUGGUGGUGAAUCCAAUAUGUAAGUGAAGCGCUGAAAAUUAAAAAAAAAAAAAUUUGAUUUACUAAUGAAAAUAAGCAAUGCAAAUAUAUGGGUUUAAAAAACGCGUUUCCCAACAUUGACGAAAGGAAGAGAGAAUAUAAUUUUAUGAGUUUGAGCCUCUGCAGCUUGGUGGGUUCUAGCUCUAUGGUUAAAUAAAAAAUACCCUAAAGCACUCGGCCUUGUAGUUGCACGCAACUGGGUCGAAAUAUCGAAAAAUCCAAAAAUAUUUUCGUGGUAUUGUACCCGUUGAACUAUAUUUAAGAAAUGUUAAUUAACCACGAAAAUCAUAGU